UGCACGUUUACAGAAACUUCACAUGAGUAUGGCUGGUCGCAACCUUUAUAUCCGUUUCCAGUCCAGGUCAGGUGAUGCCAUGGGGAUGAACAUGAUUUCAAAGGGCACAGAGAAGGCACUUUCGAAACUUCAUGAGUAUUUCCCCGAAAUGCAGAUUCUAGCAGUUAGUGGUAACUACUGUACUGACAAGAAACCUGCUGCUAUAAAUUGGAUAGAGGGAAGAGGAAAGUCUGUGGUUUGUGAAGCUGUCAUUCCAGCCAAGGUUGUCCGAGAAGUAUUAAAGACGACUACAGAAGCCAUGAUUGAGGUCAACAUUAAUAAGAAUCUGGUGGGUUCUGCCAUGGCCGGGAGCAUUGGAGGCAACAAUGCCCACGCGGCGAACAUCGUAACUGCCAUCUACAUUGCCUGUGGGCAGGAUGCAGCACAGAAUGUUGGUAGUUCAAACUGUAUUACUUUAAUGGAAGCAAGUGGCCCCACAAACGAAGAUCUGUACAUCAGCUGCACCAUGCCAUCUAUAGAAAUAGGAACUGUGGGCGGGGGGACCAAUCUGCUCCCUCAGCAAGCUUGUUUGCAGAUGCUAGGUGUGCAAGGAGCAUGCAAGGACAAUCCCGGGGAAAAUGCCCGGCAGCUUGCCAGGAUCGUGUGCGGUACGGUCAUGGCUGGGGAACUGUCACUGAUGGCAGCGCUGGCAGCCGGACAUCUUGUCAAAAGUCACAUGAUUCACAACAGGUCAAAGGUAAAUUUACAAGACCUCCAAGGAACUGGCACUAAGAAGGCUGCUUGAAGAGUCUAGCAGAUCUGAACUGAAACGCGGGCAUUGGGUUCUAAAGGACUAACAUAAAAUCUGUGAAUUAAAAAGCUCAGUGCGGUGUUAUGUUGAGGAUGACUAGACGUGAUCUGUGAGGUGGCUGCUUGGUGUUUGGCUCUUUGAGAGAGGUCUGAGAUCCUUCUUUCCCUGCAGAUUUCUCAGAUCUGAAAAUAGUGUAGUGCAUUAUGUGCUGUGCUCUCUGGAAGGAAAGAUCUCGACGUGGAUAUCACGCUCUAAACAUCACAGAUGGUAAUCUACAGCUCACUUCUCAAAGAGAAUACAAGAUGGAAAAAAGUAUUUUCUUUUGAUGAAAUCCAUGGAGUUCGUGGUGAUCAGUGUGAGAUUGACCCUCCUCUCCAACCUUCCCGCCCUCCUGGUUGAAAAUGGAGUUUUAAAUUAUACUGUAGCUGACAAACUGAUUUCCUAGUUAAUUUAUUGAGUCUGGGUUAUAGAACUUAAAUAAGAGCUAAGUUUAUUUUUUUGUAAACUAAUAAUUCAUUUGGUGCUGGUCUGUUUUCUUUCUGGGUAGCCAUUGUGAUUGUUCAGAAGGGGACCUACUUUCUUCAAGGGAAGAAUUACUCUUAUUCCCAAACUACUGAAUAAUGUGCUAAGCAGUGCUAAUAGUUCUCUGCCAAGAAAACAAAUCACUGCAUUAAUGUCUGCGGGCUGUUUGUUCAGAGAGGCCUCUUGUCUAAAUAUAAAUGUCUGUUUACAUUGCUAGAACAUUUCUUGUAGUGUCAGGCUUUAAGAAACGAGAGUUUUGCACUCUUUGUUACAUAUACAAGAGCUCUUAAUAUUGCUUAGACAAAGGGGACUCUUAUCAAGAACGUACAGGUCUGACCUCUCAACGCUCAGAGGGUGGAAAACACAGGCUUGAAAGAACAAUGCUGUUUCUCUAAGCCAACUUUAAUUUCUUAAAAGACUUAAAUUUAUUUAGCUGAAAAAUCUAGGUAGGUUUUUUUGUAAAGAACUGUAUCAAAAAUCUGUAUAUGUUGUAAUAAAGCUUCUUACACUAGGAGUUUAUUCAAAGUGUUCAAGAAAUAAAUAAAAAUCAACUUGUAUACUGAUAAGACACUCUAAGCUCGGGCCAGAAAAGAUAGUAUUUUUGAAUGUUGUCCAGGAAACCCUGGCUUGCUUUUCACGCCCAGUGACAGGGAAAGUCAGCUUUCGGAGCCGGUGGAGGUGCCACAUGAAUGGCUCUGCGGGAGCGUACUUUGUUCCUGUGGCCAGGAGGUUGGUGACCAGAACAUUCACACAAAGCUCUUUGAUAAGACCCAUAAAAGCUCUUUGCUUCCUCAGGGCGUCAGCAGAAUUGUUGAAUCUUCAUUUUUUUUUAAUGUACAAGUUUUGUAUAAAUAAUAAAGAACUCCUUAUUUUAUAUUACAUCUCAAGUUUCAAGUGUUGGUCUUGGAGAGAGAAGAUGGACUCUGAAGAACAUUCCAGUAAUGCCGUGGCAGCAUGGAGAGCCUCUGAGUGACUGUCUGCAGUACUGUUGUGGAAGACUGACCUUUGCUCUUGUAUGUAAAGUUUAAGUUGCUUCCGUUGUGACUUGCAGCCAGUGACUUCUUAUUUAUCUGAAUUUUCAUGGAAGUGGCAGUGAAAAGUGUGAGUCUUCAUUCUGGUGACUGUAACCUACAUUGUCUUGCUAAAUGAAUGUUUUGUACAAUUAGUAAAUUGUAUACAUUUUGUUACACUUUUUUCCCAGUUCCAGUAAAUUAUGAAAAGGAAGUGAAUACUGA